UGCAGGGAGCAUCCAAGCGUAGUCUCCAGUAUGACUCUCCACCAGCACUGUCAAAUCGUCUCUGCGGUUGUGCUGCUGAUAUUGGCAAUAGUGGGUAUUCUGUUGGUGGUCCUUCCAGCUAAAGACGUGGAAACAGCUGAGAACAUGUAUGGGAUUGUUAUGGAUGCAGGUUCAUCGCACAGUUCCAUGUACAUCUACAAAUGGCCUGCUGACAAGCAAAAUGGCACUGGGAUUGUUAGCCAGCACAGCGAGUGUCAUGGAGAUGGUGGAGGGAUAUCCAGCUUUGCAUAUGUCCCUGGUGGUGCAGCAGAAAGUCUGAAGGCCUGUCUGAACCAAGCUGUCAAGGAUAUCCCGAAAUCCAGGCACCACCAAACUCAACUCUAUCUGGGAGCAACUGCAGGCAUGAGACUCUUGAACAUAACCAGUCCCACAGAGGCCAAGCGGAUACUGAAGGAAGUGGAAAACAAACUUCGCUCUUACCCUUUCAACUUCAAAGAUGCAACCAUGCUGAGUGGAACGGAGGAGGGGGCUUACGGUUGGGUCACAGUCAACUACUUACUUGAAAACUUUGUCAAGUAUGGCUUUGUUGGGCGCUGGCUGAAUCCAGACAGAGAGACGGUUGGAGCUUUGGAUUUAGGUGGAGCUUCCACACAGAUCACUUUUGAGACCCCCGAAAAGAUAGAGGCCAAGGAAAAUAUGAUUGAGCUGAUGCUUUACGGACAAACCCACAGACUAUACACCCAGAGCUUCCUGUGCUACGGCCAAGAGCAGAUCCUGCAGAGACUGCUGGCUCAUCUUAUCAAGACUCAAGGUCUAGGACCUGUAGUGACCAAUCCCUGUUAUCCACGAGAGUUCAAAAGCUCCAUCAAGCUUGGAGAGGAUGUCUUUGAUUCUCCGUGUACUAAGAUGUACAGACCAGUCCAGUUUGACCCCCAGAUGUCUCUAUCAGUAGUGGGCACAGGAGAUUACCGAGGCUGCCGGGACAAUUUAAAUCAGAUGUUCGACUUCAAAAACUGCUCUUACUCUAAGUGCUCCUUUGAUGGAGUCUUUCAGCCUAACGUGAGAGGAAGCUUCUUGGCAUUCUCUGCUCUCUUCUUCAUUAUCGACGAAAUCCAACUUCUCACCAACAUCUCCAUUACGUCCCAUAGCCAUCUGGAGGCAGCAGUCAUACAAAUCUGCAACAUGACCAUCUCUGAGCUGACUAGUGAACCAAAUCUGGAAGAGAAAUACAUGAAGAAUACCUGCGCCAUGUCCAAUUACAUCCAGAUCCUACUAAAGCAGGGCUAUGGUUUCGAUGAGCGCUACUUUUCUUCCAUCUCAUUUCGGGGAGAGGUGGGGCAUGCAUCUACAGGCUGGACUUUGGGAUAUAUGUUGGUUCUGAGCAAUAUGGUUCCAUCAGAGAGCCUUGAACUGAUGAAGGCUCUGCCCCUACAGCCCUGGGGUGGUAUCCUCUUCCUCUUCAUCGCCAUCCUCCUCAUUGCUUUGGGAUACCUACUGAUGACGAUCCACAGAAACUCAGGGACUAUAGGAGGUGUGGUGUAAGGGCAAACGUGACCCACUUCCCCAUCCAAAUUCACACUUCUCUUAGAGCAGAUUGUUUGUCAUCCUCUUUAAGGAAAUGUGUUUGGUCACACGGCCUCACAUAAACGUAUAUACAUAAAUACAUUAUAUACAACACCUUUAAUAUAUGACAGACAUCAGAUACAUCCACAUUUAGACACACACACAACAAAUCAAGACUUCCUCAAAGUUUUAACUGAUAUGGUUGUGGUGAUGCCAAACAUAAUGUAGUAAUGGUGUCCUGUGAUGCACAUGUUCAUCCAAAACUAUCAACCUUUGGGAAAUACUGCAAAUAUAUUCAGACUUUUUUGUUGCACUAUUGUGUGUGAGUGAGUAAUCAACAAAGUAGUGAAAUAUACAGUUUUCUCUGGAAAUCCACAAAACGUCUUCUUGCUUGUAUGGAUGUAAAAUUACACUACUAAAUAAACAGUGUUUUUUUUUGUAAA